GCCAGACAGCUCCACCACUUUUUCCCCUUUCACCUCUUCCCUCUCAAGAUACCUACCACCACUCACUUGCCAUAGAGAUGGCUCAUUUACUCAGAGGCAAGCAAGCGGGUAUUCAGAAAGACCUGUCCGAGGGCCUGUCCCCGGACCUCUUCGGCAUCGACGACUUUUCACGAUGCGGAGUGAACUCACAGAUCAGCGUGAUCGCAUACGAUCCCGUCCAAUCCCUUCUCGCCGUCGGCACCAGUGAUACCUCGUUUGGAAGUGGGCAGAUCUAUGUCUUUGGGCAACGGCGCGUCUUGGUCGUCUUUGACUUCCCGCGCAAGGCCUCGGCAAAGCAUCUCCAAUUCUGCGCCGACAAGCUCAUCAGUGUGGACUCUAAGAAUGAGAUUUGUAUAUUCUCGCUAGAGUCCAAGAGCCUGGUGACGUCCUAUGCGCCGCCGGGUCAACCCACUGCCCUCGCUACUGACCCAAGCCUGGAAUACGCCUUCAUUGGCUUGUCGAAUGGUGAAACUAUUGCAUACGAUCUCGAUCGACAGACCUUGACGCCAUUCAAAAUUCCGAACUUGUGGCUGGAACGCAACCCCCGAUCACGACUAAACCCGGUCAUUUCAUUAGCAUUCUCCACUCGCGACAUUGGAAAGAUCCUCAUCGGAUAUCCGGAGGGUGCUGUCACCUUUUCCUUCAAGCAAAAUAUUACCCAAAAGUUCUUUAUCUACGAGGUUCCGGUUGGGGCCCCGGGUGGAGAUACCGAGUUGUCAGCUGCUGGCGUGCGCCGACCUAGACUGACCAAUGCGAUCUGGCAUCCUAACGGCAUCUUUGUGUUGACAGUUCAUGAAGAUACAAGUCUUGUUCUUUGGGAUUCUAAGGACGGGCGAAAGCUUCAUGCCAGAACUGUUCAGUCCCCCAAUGUUGAUCAGCCAGGGUCUUCUAGCAGGCCCGGCUCGGCAAGCGGGCCUCCUGGCCCCAAGGAGCCCAUCACAAAGGUUGCAUGGUGCGCCAAAGAUAACCCCGAUGAUACUGGUCUUCUAGUAGCUGGCGGAAAACCAGCGGGCGAUCCAAAUAAGGGCCUCACUUUCUUGGAUAUGGGUCCAACUCCCAACUACGCUACAUCAUCCUGGCAAGUGCUGUCCGGAUACUUUGAGAGAACUCGCCGCAGUCUCAACCUUCCUAUUCCACCUGCUGCCCAUGCCAUCAACUUUUGCCUCAUUCCUCGCUCCACGCCCUAUUUUGCCGGUGCUCAUGACCCGAUUGCAAUCAUCGUUGUGCUUUCCUCGGGCGAGCUGGUCACAAUGAGCUUCCCGAGUGGCCAUGCCAUUACACCGACCAACAUGAUACAUCCAUAUUUAUCUUUUGUCCACCCAUUCGUGAACAAAGUUACACUCACCCCAGUUGACCGAAGUGCCUGGUUAGGCUUGAAAGAGCGCCGAGCGCAAGGACCCAAAUUUAUACUUGGGGGUGCGGAAGCGAAGAACCCGCUCAAGCGUUUCGAGAACCGGAAUAUUCUUUCUACUGCGCAUGCUGAUGGUACCAUCCGUCUCUGGGAUGCUGGUCAUGACGAUGAGAUUGAGAAUGGUGAGGUAGUUCAGGUAGACCUGGCGCGGGCCGUCGGGCGAGUUGGUAAUGUGGAGGUGACCGAGAUGUCCCUCGCGAGCACGACUGGCGAGCUAUCGGUUGGUCUCCGCAGUGGUGAGGUCGUUGUGUUCAGAUGGGGUAACAACACAUCAUAUGGCAACGAACAAGCUCCUGGUACCAACUUGGAUCCCGGUACACUAACUCCAAUCAACACCCGGGCGGAUCCUGGUUUGAAGACGGGUAUGCUUCCAUUGACCCUUUUGAACAUGCAGCAAGGGCCGGUGACGGCUCUAAAGCAUAGUCAAGUUGGCUUUGUUGCAGCUGGAUUUGAGGGUGGUAGUUUGGUUAUCAUUGACCUGCGUGGUCCUGCAAUCAUCCAUACUACGCAUCUGUCCGAAUUCCUCAAGGCUCCAAAGCGGAGCAGCUUCCGCAAGACGCGUGGUACAGAGGAAGUUCCUGCAGAGUGGCCUACGAGUAUCGAAUUCGGCGUGAUGACUCUAGAAGGAGAAGACUACUCGAGCAUUUGCUGUUUUGUUGGAACCAACCGAGGCAAUGUAGCUACUUUCAAGAUUCUCCCGGCAUCCAAUGGUACUUAUUCUGCCGCUUUUGUUGGGUUUUCGGCUGUCGAAGACAAGGUCAUCAAUAUUAUUCCUAUUGAUGCAGACUCUGGUGGCCAGGCUCUCGCUACCCCCAACGCUGUCGGCGGAUUGAGAACUGGUGCGAAGAUCAACGGUGUCGUAAUUGCAGUCACCCAAUCAAGCUGCCGGAUCUUCAAGCCUCCGAUCUCCAAAGGUGCUCACAAAACCUGGGACGAUUACCUUUGCGAUUCAGCAGCGGUUGUCAGGGUCGAAGGUCGCGGCUACAGCUUGGUCGGUCUCUUCGGAGAUGGAAACGCGCGAGCUUUCUCUAUUCCUGCGCUCAAAGAAAUUGGUUGUGCGAGAAUCGACUACAUUGCCGAUCUGCGACGGCUCUCGGAGGCAUCUAUCACACCUAGUGGUAAUGUUAUGACGUGGGUUGGUCCUUCUGAGGUCGGAUUGUUCAAUGUGUGGGGGUCUGGACACAAAUUGAGCCCCUCGCAAGAUCGUCUCUACGAUCCUGAAAAAGUGGUCCCUGCCCGUCCUACCAUUACUAACAUCCAGUGGAUCUCUGGCACUCAAUAUGUCUCACCAGCGGAUAUGGACUUGCUUAUCGGCGGCCCUGAUCGCCCACCCUCUAAGCGCAUGAUCGAACAAAUGAGACACGACGAGCAAGAACGCCGUCAAGCACUUCGAGAAGGUCGCGCACCGCCCUCCGAACCCCAAGGCAGUCAGGAGGGCUACCUAGCAUACAUGUCCCGCCAAGUCCAGGAACGAACCGAGCGUCUUGGGAUCGUCGGCGACUCGAUGGACCGGCUAGAAGAGAAUAGCAGCAACUUCGCGACCGACGUCGGAAAAUAUAUCCAAAAUCAGAAACGGAAGGCUGUCUUUGGCGCGCUCGGGUCCAAGUUUGGGUUCUAGGUUUUCGCUUAAGCGGACUAUUUCGUUGCACGACACGGUGUAGAAUAUGAUCUUCAUAAUAAAGUUGUGUUUACUUUGGGUAUAGUUUGUUGGUUUGGUAUAGGGAUUGGAUUGUCCCUGCGGUUGGUCUUCCGUCUCGAUAUAGAAUAUGCUCACGCUUCACUCCGAUAUGCAUUUCUCGAAAAUCUCGCUCCUUGCCAAUCCAUACCUCAGUCUUCGAGCUUGCAACCUUUGAGGAUGAGCAAUGUAUGGAUAUAUUUUACUGCCAAACAGACCAAGCGAGAGCGAUGAACCACUGACGCUAACAUUCCACUUUCAACGUUGAUCCAUUACCUUGAGUACCUGGUCUGUUGAAGAUAACCAUGGCAACGAACGCUAAAAACUCCCCUACAUGCCUAUCGGAGUAGAUUCAAUCCUAGUUGAGAGCCAAAAUGGGUGCGCAAGUGCGAAUCUCCUUAAAAAUCACGAUAAGUUCUAUUUCGUAGACCCUGUUCAACGCCGAUGUUGAACCAAGAGCAGGCUGGGGUGGUAAAUGAGGAGAGCGUAAGAGUAAAGAGGGAUUGGCCAAGGUGUCAUAAACAUAGCAUACUGACGGUCAUCAAAGAGCAUGGAGAGAGAAAAAGGAGGAAGGGAAGGGGGGAAAGGGCUAGAGGGUGAGAGGAACGUGUUGACAUCGAGCUUUUAGUGCACCAUAACCUCCGGCUGGGGCUGGUGGGCGGGCUUGCCAGACUCGUCCUUCUGCUCGGAGUCGUCACCCAUCUCAAUGUCCUCAUCGCCGUCACCAGCCUCAUCCUCGUCAAGCUCAUCGUCAUCGUCCUCACUCUCCUCCUCGAGGUCCUCACUGCCAGCGUCCGAGACGUCGUCAUCCUCGUUACCGGCAGUGACCUCACCACCUUCCAUCUCCUGGUCGUCGCCCUGCUUGUUGGCUUCCUCGAGCUCCUUAACCAGAGCAGCCUCAAGCUCGGCCUCCUCGGCACCGUAGGCAUUGCUGUCGUCGUCCAAUCGAUCGGCCUCGGGCUGGUCAGGCGGGUACUCUGCGGGCGCAGACUCCUCGGAAUCCCUUG